AUGGUCUCAUCGCAGUCGUCAGCCGCCCCGAAUCCACCACUCUCCUAUGCAGACCGUGCCAAAAAAGCGCAGAAUACGCGGCCAAAGGCUCAGCCACAAGCUGGCUCGCAGGGCAUAGCACUGCCUUCGUCGAGUUCAGCGAGCACCUCAACACCUCAUCCGGGCCCGUCAACAGCAGCGAAUGCUAGCAUGAACGUCGCCAGAACUGCCCGUGCCGAUGGUAACUCUGCGCCCUCCGCACUAUCGUCAGCCAAAUCUAUCUCGGGUCCGUCCUCGCCUUCACGAUCGUCCGCUAAUGUCAACGGCGACCCACAGCCACAAGGCGACGUUACUGUCAAGUCGACAGCCGCUCCUGCGGUCAAUGUCUGGAGUCUGCGGAAGGAACAGAUGGCUCGGGUGCGGUCCAGCCAGGGGACGACCGCAUCUGUUCCUGUACAAAAUUCGCCAAGUCCUCAUCAAGCUGAUAAUGAGACGCUGGAAGAAGUCGCAUCUUCCUCGAACGCAUUGCAAAAUGUGACGAAUCAACGACCCUCUACAAAUGUGCCCGGUAGAAGUCCCGCCAAUGGAGAAGACGACGCAUUUGUAGUGCGCCCACGCGCGAGCAUACUGCCACCAUCAGAGGACACGGAGAGCUGGCCCGAGGUUGGCAAGUCAGUGAGCCAUACAAGCACUGGGAGUGGACAGGCAGAGAGCGAGCCUGCUGGGCAAGGCCAUGAGCGAGAUGCGUCGAGGGAGGGUUCGCAGGGCCAAGGGCCUUCGAGGAAGAGUGAGAAGACGAAAUGGGUGCCAAUACCGGCCGCCGAGAUGCAAGAAGCAGCUGACGCGUUUCGCCCGCCGAACCCUCGCCAUCGCCCGCACCACAUGCAUCAACACAACCAUGGACAUUCUCGACAUCCUCCACAUCCUGGUCCGUCCUCGGCAUCCGGGUCUGGCUCACAAGGUCAAAGUCGGGCGCAUUCGGUAACGGGUGCCCACCAUUCAGUGUCGAAUUCCCACACAAGCUCGGUAGCGCAAUCACAGGCACAAAGCAGGACGGGUAGCUCACAUUCCAGCCCAAUGGCUGCGCCUGGGCGUGGUGGACGGCGCCUACCGGAGGAGGGCGCUGUUACGCAGAGAUCUGCUGUGGGCCCGGGAGCGGCGAGCGUUGCAAGCAGGAGCAUCAGCAUGCGGUCGUCGCGCACGAGCUCACCGCAGGCAUUCUUGCCUGCGUUCCUGCCUCCCGAGUUCAUUCCUGGCGCAGCGGCACACCGUGGACAGCCACCUGCCUCUAGGGGUUCGGGCCCUGCCGAGGAGCUUGCAGGCGUGAAUGGCGUUAUGCCUUCUUACUACGCUCUCCCUCACGUCCCACCACCCAUGAGUGCUCAACGUUCAUAUCAUUCUCCUCACUCGUCAGGGUCACCGGUGCAGGCUCCGUAUGGAUUGCCACCACCCGCCCCUGCUCCACACAUUUACGGAGCUCCCGGGAGCCAGGUGCCCGUACAUCAUUCUUACGCAGGAACACCGCCAUAUCCCAUGUACUCGUCCUACUACGGAUACCCGCCGUAUGUAUACUGGGCCCCUCAGCCCGUCUCACACUCACCAGCGGCGCCGGAUGGCAUGCCUCUACCAAUGCUCGCACGACCGCCGCCUCCUGGCGAGAGCGAGGCUGCUGCCGGUUAUAGGGACGGCGAGUUUGUGCUGCCGCCUCCCGCGACAUACACCCGACCUGAGGAGCAAGUUGCGAUCGGACCCGAGGGUCAGAGUGAAGGAACAAGGGACAUGGAAAGGGGCAGGCGCGCGAGGGAGCUCAGCUUUGGGAGCAUAGACGUCGUGGUCACUGCAAGCGCGAGUCCCGUUGCUUCUGCGCACGGAGAUGCGCUGGGUCUAGAUGUCGGUGGCUCGCCAGCUAAUAUACCGGCGGAGGCUGCGGAGAACCCGGAAGAUAAUGGUGAGAAGCCAAUACCUCCGUUCGUCAUUGGAGUAGCUCCCGGAGAGGCUGGCCCCGCACGUAUACGAUCGCGCACGCGCACACAGUCGAAAGGCCGGACAUUGGUGAUGGGUGAAGCGGUGGUUGGUAUUGCCCGGACGGCCUCCGAACAGUCUGAAGGGAUCGCGCAAAUCAACGAAGCAGCGGAUCCUGCUGUAAGCGGCGUACAGAAGGCCGUUGAGGAGAUUGAGGCUGCCGUCAAGGCAAUCGACUUGACGGAGACGAAGUGGGAGUUCGGGACGACGCAGCAUCCUGAUGAGUCGGACGGCGCCGCCCAAGGCCAGGAAUCAGCGUCGGAUGUCAUUGAGGGACAAGUGCAACCAGUCCUAGCUCAUCCACUUCCGCCUCGUCCGCCCCUUAUCAUGACGACAACCAACGGCGCACUAUCGAGCCGGUCGCCUGUCUACGCCCCCUCUGCUCUACCGCCGCAGUCUGCUUCUGAGCCCAACUCUGCCGACGAUUGGAAGGUCAAAGAUUACGGCUUUGGCUUCGGUCGGAAGAGCGGAUACCAGCCUGCGAUAUCUGGGGAUGGCUCUAACAGGCGAGAAUGGCAACCAGAACGAGAGUACUAUGGGCGUCCACGACGUGGCUCGGUCAGGGGAGGCUACAACUACGACCGCGGUGGACACGAACGAGGCGGCUUCAACGGGCGCAGAGCCCGUGGCGGCGGGUACGGGCGGGGUGGUUAUCACUCACGCACUCAUUCGAGGGGUGGCGGUGCGUAUCAUGUACAAGGACAGCAGCCGCCCUUCGUCGUGCAGCCUCCUCAAGCGCAGCCUUUGCAGGCUGAUCUCAAUGGAUUCUAUCCUCCGCCGCCGCCUUCCAUGACUACAUACUACACGCACGGCUACGAGGCAUACCCUCCCACUUACCCACCUUACGCCCCUCCGACGCAAAACCUUCCAGCGCAGCCGCCGCUUCCGAUGCCCCAAUCUCCUCUGUCCUUCCCCUUGGACCCCCUCAGAUAUCACCUGCUGGGUCAGCUUGAGUACUACCUCAGUCCCCAGAACAUGGCUAUGGACUUCUUCCUGCGGCAGAAGAUGGACUCCGCAGGGUGGAUCGAGAUAUCCCUCCUGUCAUCAUUCAACCGCGUGAAACGGCUGACCGAGGACUGGCAGCUCGUCAAGGACGUUCUCACUUUGUCGAGCUUAGUGGAGGUAUAUGGCGAUUGGGUCCGCAUGCGGGACUGGAAGCUUUAUGUGCUGCCCACCGCCCCAGCUAGCACGGUAUACAUGGAACAAGAUCCGAGCAACGCCCCGCCAUCUCAGGACACGUAUGUGGCGCUAUCAUCCACCACGCACGAUAGCCCCGAGGCCGAAGACGGUGAAGACAUGGAUUUGGAAGAAGACGAGGAGGAGGACGUUGUAUUCGUCCUUGGAAAGGACGCUCACCCGACGUGGACGUCCGAAGUUCACGCAGCAUAA